CUCCUACUUAACAGGCUCGCGGCUGCGAAUCUAGUCUUGUAAACAAAGGCUGUCAGAAAGCAGAGAAGCAGAAAAAAACAUGACAAAGUGAAUAUGAAGUUUGUGCAGUGAAUAAUCUGUCUAGAGAAUAAUUAUGGAUAUCUUUAACACAUUGUUCUUGGCAGGCUUGGUGGUGGUUCUGCUUGUGGUAGUCAGAUGGAAAAGUAAAAUGCGCAGACUUCCUCUACCCCCAGGACCACUAGCUCUGCCUCUGCUUGGCAAUCUUGUCAUUCUGAACAAGCGUGCACCCUUUAAAAGCUUCCUCAAGUGGAGCAAGACCUAUGGUCCAGUGAUGACGGUGUACCUUGGGCCCCAGAGAGUGGUGGUACUGGUGGGCUAUGAUGCAGUAAAGGAGGCCCUGGUAGACCAGGCAGAUGACUUUGUAGGCAGAGCCUCAAUUGCUUUUAUGCACCGAGUUAUGAGAGGCUACGGUCUAGUCAUCAGUAAUGGAGAUCGUUGGCGUCAGCUGAGGCGUUUCACGCUCACUACGCUGAGAGAUUUCGGGAUGGGGCGCAGGAAGAUUGAGCACUGGAUUCAGGAGGAGAGUGAACACCUGCGUAACAGCCUCAAAGUAACCAAAUCUGCUCCAUUUGACCCCACGUUCUACCUGAGUCGAGCUGUAUCCAACGUGAUCUGUGCAUUGGUGUUUGGUCAGCGUUUCAGCUAUGAAGACAACAACUUACUCCGCCUUUUCCAGGUCAUCACUGCAAUAUUGCGCUUUGGCAGCAGCCCAUGGGGACAGGCAUACAAUGUGUUCCCCUGGCUCAUGGAACACCUGCCUGGCCGUCACCAGACCCUCUUUAGUGAAGUGGAAGAACUUAAGGUCUUCAUUGUGGAAAAAAUAAGAACACAUGAGGAGAGUCUGGACCCAGAUAACCCACGAGACUUUAUCGAUUGCUUCCUCAUCAGGCUGAACCAGGAAAAGGACAGUCCAGAGACAGAGUUCCACUAUGAUAACAUGGUGUCAACUGUCCUCAAUCUGUUCGUGGCUGGGACCGAGACCACCAGCACUACUAUCAGAUAUGCUCUGAUGCUGCUUAUAAAGUACACACAUAUACAGGAGCAAAUGCAGAAGGAGAUCGACACUGUGAUCGGUAAGAGGAACCCUUUAAUGCAAGACAGAAAGGCCCUCCCCUUCACAGGGUACGGUGAUAAUUCCCCUGCACAGCACUCUGUUCUGAAGGAUGAGGGAAUGUGGGACAGCCCCUGGACUUUCAACCCAAACAACUUCCUGGAUGCAAAGGGCAAAUUCAGAAACAAUCCUGCCUUCUUACCUUUCUCCGCAGGUAAGAGGUCGUGUGUGGGCGAGUCUCUGGCUCGUAUGGAGCUGUUUAUGUUCAUCGUGUCUCUGAUGCAGCAUUUCACCCUUAGUAGUCCAGGUGGGCCAGACAACAUUGAUCCCACCCCCGAACUAAGCAGCUUUGGCAACCUGCCCCGCAUGUACCAGCUCAUCGCCACCCCCCGCUGAACUGCCGAAGUACUGCAGGAUAAAGGUGUUCAACAAAGCAAAACAAUAAAAAACCAGAGGAACCUAA